AUGAGCACCCGCGCGGCAGGAUCCGUCCUCCUCCGCCAACUGGGGCCGCGCGUCUUCGGCCCUGUUUCCUCCUCUCCGGCGACGAUGAGCCCUGUUUCCUCCUCUCCGCCGAGGCCACCGCUGGCCCUGGCCGGCGGCGGGGAACGGGGCGGGACGGCCGUGUGGGUGCGGCUGCUGUCCACCUCCGCCGCCGAGGCGAAGGAGGAGGCGGCGGCGUCCAAGGGGAACGCAGGAAGCACCGCGGCGGCGAAGGCGGAGGCGGCGGAGGCCGCUAAGGAGGGUGACGGAAAGAGAGACAAAGUGGUGAGCAGCUACUGGGGCAUCGCACCGUCGAAGCUGAUGAGCAAGGACGGCGUCGAGUGGAGGUGGUCUUGCUUCAGGCCAUGGGAAACGUACAAGCCGGACACCUCGAUAGAUCUCACCAGGCACCAUGAACCCAAGGUGCUGUUCGACAAGAUCGCCGCCUACUGGACCGUCAAAUUGCUGCGCGUGCCCACCGACAUAUUCUUCCAGAGGAGGUACGGUUGCCGCGCCAUGAUGCUGGAAACGGUGGCGGCGGUGCCGGGGAUGGUGGGCGGCAUGCUGCUGCACCUGCGCUCGCUCCGCCGCUUCGAGCACAGCGGCGGCUGGAUCCGGGCGCUGCUGGAAGAGGCGGAGAACGAGCGCAUGCACCUCAUGACCUUCAUGGAGGUGGCCAAGCCCAAGUGGUACGAGCGCGCGCUCGUCCUCGCCGUGCAGGGCGUCUUCUUCAACGCCUACUUCCUCGGCUACCUCAUCUCCCCCAAGUUCGCGCACCGUGUCGUCGGCUACCUCGAGGAGGAGGCCAUCCACUCCUACACCGAGUACCUCAAGGACCUCGAGGCCGGCAAGAUCGAGAACGUCCCCGCGCCGGCCAUUGCCAUCGACUACUGGCAGCUCCCAGCUGAUGCGACGCUCAAGGAUGUGGUUAUCGUGGUGCGCUCCGACGAGGCGCACCACCGCGACGUCAAUCACUUUGCGUCGGACAUUCAUUUCCAGGGUAUGCAGCUCAAGGAGACACCUGCGCCGCUUGAAUACCAUUGA